AUGCUGCUCGUGGGCUGGGCGAGCCACGGCCGCUCGCCCUCGGAGCGCUUCCUGCCCUCCUCGCUGCUGCUCGUGCAGCUGGGGGUCUCUGCGGUGCUGGCGCUGGGCCUGAGCAGCGCGGAGCUGGGCCUCGCGGGCGCGCUGCUGGGGCUGCACCCGUGGAGCGUGGCGCGCUGUAUGCCCGUGGCCGCGCUGUUCUUCGUCAGCAAGACGUGCACCGUGGCGGCCCUCGCGCACGUGGACGCGGGCACCGUGAAGCUCUCCACGCAGCUCAUCCUGCCGUGCACCGCGUUCCUCUCCGUGUGGAUGAUACCGGGGUGCAGGUACAGCAGGGAGCAGUGGCUCUCCAUCGCGACGAUCUGCGCGGCCACGCUGGCCUUCGACACGGUGCAGGCGGAGGCCGAGGGCGCCGCGGCGGCUUCGCCGGAGAGGUGUUCAACCGGCUCCGGAAGGAGCGCAUCGCCGGCCUGUGCCUGUGCGCGGCGGUGGUACUGGCGAACUCCGUGGGCUCGGUGGCCGGCGAGCGGUUCCUGA